CAUCCUCCCUCCCAAAUCACACCCUCAUCUCCUCUCAGUCGCUCACUCACACCAAGAAGGCAAGAACACACCUACCAAGCAGAAAGAAGAAGCAGCCAGCAACCCCCAGCAGCAAUUCGAUCCAUGGGUUCCACGGCGGCGGACAUGGCCGCGACGGCGGACGAGGAGGCCUGCAUGUUCGCGCUGCAGCUGGCGUCGUCCUCGAUCCUGCCCAUGACGCUCAAGAACGCCAUCGAGCUGGGCCUCCUGGACACCCUCGUCCAGGCCUCCGGCAAGUCCCUGACCCCGGCCGAGGUCGCCGCCAAGCUCCCUUCUUCCUCCAACCCGGCGGCGCCCGACAUGGUGGACCGCAUGCUGCGUCUCCUGGCCUCCUACGGCGUCGUGUCGUGCGCCGUGGAGGAAGGGGAAAAUGGAAAGCUGUCGCGGCGAUACGCCGCCGCCCCCGUCUGCAAGUGGCUCACGCCCAACGAGGACGGCGUCUCCAUGGCCGCCCUCGCGCUCAUGAACCAGGACAAGGUCCUCAUGGAGAGCUGGUACUACCUGAAGGACGCGGUCCUGGAUGGCGGCAUCCCAUUCAACAAGGCAUACGGGAUGUCGGCGUUCGAGUACCACGGCACGGACCCCCGCUUCAACCGCGUGUUCAACGAGGGGAUGAAGAACCACUCCAUCAUCAUCACCAAGAAGCUCCUCGACUUAUACCCGGGCUUCGAGGGCCUUGGCACCCUCGUCGAUGUCGGGGGCGGCGUGGGCGCCACCGUGGGCGCCAUCGUGGCACGCCACCCGGCCAUCAAGGGGAUCAACUUCGACCUCCCCCACGUCAUCUCGGAGGGGAUCCCCUUCCCAGGAGUCACCCACGUGGGCGGUGACAUGUUCCAGAAGGUCCCCUCGGGCGAUGCCAUCCUCAUGAAGUGGAUCCUCCACGACUGGAGCGACGCGCACUGCGCCACGCUGCUCAAGAACUGCUACGACGCGCUCCCCGCACACGGGAAAGUGGUCAUCGUCGAGUGCAUCCUGCCGGUGAACCCGGAGGCCACCCCAAAGGCACAAGGGGUGUUCCACGUCGACAUGAUCAUGCUCGCCCACAACCCGGGGGGCAAGGAGAGGUACGAGAGGGAGUUCGAGGAGCUCGCCCGGGGCGCCGGGUUCACCGGCGUCAAGGCCACAUACAUCUACGCCAACGCGUGGGCCAUCGAGUUCACCAAGUAGAUCAAAUCAUCCAUCCAUUUGAGAUUAUGAGAUGAGAUCGAUCUCCACUUCUGCCUUGGUCGAUCUGCAUAUGUACUUUUUGCUUGGCUUUUCCUCUGUUUUUCUUUCGUUUUCUCCAUGAUCUGCUGAUCACCCUGAAUUUCUAAUGGUUGUGUCGACGUCUGUCGGACCGAACUGUACUAUUAAUAAUGCUGCUCUUAAAAGGUUGCAUAUAUACAAGUGAUGUAAUGACAUGAUUAUUCCUCUUCUCUGUUGAAUGUGCAAGUGAAAAUGAA